UUCACAUGACCCAGAAUGCACUGCCGGUAGCCAUUAUGGUAGUCAAGACAUCAACAGAAUAGGCGCACAUUUGAUUGUUCAGCAUAACAGAAGGAAAGUUUAUCACUAUGCCUUGCACGUGUGUCAUUCUUGGCUGUAAAAGUCGAGGCGAAAGAGGUGGGAAAGGUUUUUUCCGACUUCCGAAAAUCAUAACAAACCAGGGAAUUGACGCCCAGAAGAAAAGCGAACAACGACGGCGACUUUGGCUGGCUGCUAUCAAUAGAGCAAAUCCACCAAAACUCGAUCGUUUCAGAAUAUGCUCUGAUCACUUCGUGACAGGUAAACCCCAUCCUUGGGAUGAAACUGAUCUGGACUGGGUACCCAACAAAGAUUUACACUGCAGUCCACGAAGGAAAUCUACACACAAGCGACUACGAAAUGGAAAAGAAACAGCGAAAAAGACCGAGGCUGCGAUGACUCUACUAGAGCUAAGAUCUUCACAACCCACUGUGGAUCCUUCAGAAGAGACGUGUGAUGCUUCUCCAGUUGCAGAACUGGACAGUCCAGGUGCUGUCACUUCAGAAAUGGACAACGCUCAGACUGAAAUGUCAAGACUUAAAGAAGAAAAUAAGGAGUUAAAAGAACAAAAUGACAGUUUAAGGAACGCUUUGCAGAAAAUGAAGGCAAGCAGUCCUGAAGAUUUUGAGGACAACGACAAAGUUAAAUACUACACGGGACUUUCUAGCCUCAAUACUUUAAUGGCUUUGCUUACCCAAGUUGCCCCAGAGAUGUCAGAAAACAACAAUUCUUCCUUGAACAAAUUUCAAAAGCUCAUUAUGACAUUAAUGCGACUUCGUCUUAAUAUGCCCAUCACAGAUCUUGCAUACAGAUUUGACGUAUCUAGAUCGACGGUGUCCGAGACAUUCAGAGAGACACUGAACAUUUUAUUUUUAGCAUUGACACCUUCGAUUAGAUGGCCAUCCCGCCAAGAGUUGCAAGAAAGUAUGCCUUUGGUGUUCAGAACAAAUUUUCGCAGAAAUAUAACAUGCAUCAUAGACUGCUUCGAGAUAUCUAUUGACAGACCGUCCAAUAAGAUGGCAAGAACUCAAGGCUCAAGCUACAAACACCAGAACACUGCCAAAUAUUUGAUUGCCAUGACACCACAGGGAACUGUUAGUUUCAUAUCCCAGGGCUGGGGAGGCAGAGUUAGUGAUGAGCAUGUGAUUGCUAAUUGUAAAUUUAUUGACAACAUCAUCCAUGGAGAUGUGAUCUUGGCAUGCCGAGAGUUUGACAUCAGAGAACUUGUUGCACUGACUGGUGCCGAGUUGGUUUAUCCUGCAUUUAGGAAUGGGAAGGAGCAACUUACACCCUCCGAAGUUGAGGAGAUUGCAAAUUUUAUGCUACAUGUUGAGAGAGUAAUUGGGACUGUGAGACACACGUUUGGCAUUCUUGGCGGUACAUGUCCAAGUGAGUAUUUCAUGAGCAACUCCGGAGGUGGCCAUUGCUAUUUGGACACAAUUGUGCAUGUGUGCUGUGCAUUGACAAACAUGUGCCCAUCAUUUGUUACGUUUGACUGAUUUUCAUGUGUAAAAUGUUCAUAUUUACAUGUGAAGGUAUGAAAUUAAAGGACUGUGAGAGAACAAGUAUUGCUUUAUAUGGCAGGGGUACAAUCAAACAAAUACAGGGGAUAGACCAAAUCAUGGAAACACCUUAAAAAAAAAAUUAACAAAUUUAAUAUGGUGUAGGUUUGCCUUUUGCAGCCUCAAUUCUCAGAAGUGUUGAUUUAUACCACUUGUGUGUGAAUAGUUUCCAAAGGAAUUUUAAGCCAUUCUUCAGUUAGAAUACCCUCUAACUCUUUUAGAGACUAUGGUGGUGGAAAUCGACGUCUUAAUUGAAUCUUUAAAACUGACCAUAACUGCUCAAUCAUAGACUUCAUAAUGUAUUGAUGGCUCAGAUCGGUCAUCCACUUCGCCUCACAUUCAAGUAAGGGGCCGCCUACAUCAAAAGGAGCUAUUCACAAACGCACGCAGCGAUCUAACGCCCAGAUUUCUGUAGAAAAAGUACGAAAGCUGUACCGCAUACAAACAGGAAGGAUUGUUUCAGGAGUGAUUUGUUCGAGGAUUCAAGGUAAUUAUUAUAUUUUUCAUACCAUGCAUGCAUUUUGAAACGUUGUGAAAAAAAAAUCAAUGGGAGAAAUUAGCCGCCACUGCAUUGGCAUCAUAGUUCGCAAUAUUUACGUAAAAUAAAUGAUAAUUGCACUU